AGAUCACGAGGAGAACAUACCAACGACAUCCUCAGGUUCCAGAACCGCUGACGUGGCGCUCCUCCUCCUGCUCCUCCUCCGCCGGCGAUUCGCUCCCGUCCCUCCUCUCGCGGCCACGCCCUCCCCGGCGCCUCCGCAACCUCUCACCGCCGGCCCCCGCCCGCCCUCCGUCCCCCCUCCACGCCUCGAACAGCCCGCCUCCAUCCGCGAGGAGGAACCCCGAUGAGCUCGGAGACGUGUUGAUUUGGAUAGCUAUUCGUAGAGUGUGCAAUGGUGGACUUCGUUCGACGGCUUGCCUCUGUCCUGCUCAAGUGCUGCGAUCUCGACAUACCCAGUCGGCCAAAGGGCCUUGAGGACCCUGAACGCUUGGCUAGAGAGACUGUUUUUAAUGUGAAUGAAAUCGAGGCUCUGUAUGAGCUGUUCAAGAAGAUUAGCAGCGCUGUGGUUGAUGAUGGCUUGAUUAACAAGGAAGAAUUCCAAUUAGCUCUGUUUAAGACCAACAGAAAGGAUAGCAUGUUUGCUGAUCGGGUAUUUGACUUGUUUGACACGAAGCACAAUGGAAUUCUUGAAUUUGAGGAAUUUGCUCGAGCCCUUUCUGUGUUCCAUCCAAGUGCACCAAUUGAUGACAAAAUUGAUUUUGCUUUCAAACUGUAUGAUCUCAAACAACAAGGUUUCAUUGAAAAGCAGGAGGUCAAGCAAAUGGUGGUCGCAACACUUGCUGAAUCAGGAAUGAAUCUUUCAGAUGAUAUUAUCGAAGGCAUUAUUGAUAAGACAUUUGAGGAAGCGGAUACAAAGCACGACGGGAAAAUCGACAAGGAGGAAUGGCGUAGCCUUGUCUUGAGGCAUCCAUCUUUGUUAAAAAAUAUGACCCUCCCAUAUCUCCGGGAUAUCACCACAACAUUUCCAAGCUUUGUGUUCAACUCGCAAGUAGAGGAUGCGUGAGGUCCCAGCGUCUAAGGCACCACUCAAGCCCCUGGGGCACAGCAGUUCAUGUUCUGUAGGGGCACUAGUGUGUUUUUGUUUCCUUGAAAAUGUAAAUUUUAUGUGCUGGCACGUCCUCCUUUUGUAUAGUGAGUAUUGCUAUUGUGCACAGAAUUGCAGCAUGAAGCGUUUCUUGUCAUGUGUUUAUAAAAUGUUCUUCAAACAUAUUGUUCAUCAAAAGCUAAAGUAAGAUUUGAACCGAGUCUAAAA